UAUUGCAUACUUGCACGCAAGCUCUUCUUCUUCUUCCUCUUCAUUCUUCUCGCUUAUUUCAGAAGCUUCAUAUAGAUUCAUCAAAACGAGUAAACAAACAAUAUCAAAAUCUCUAAUACAAGUUAGAGAAAUGUCAGUAGUUUUACUCUCUUCUACUUCUGCAACAAUCACCAAAUCCCAAUCCAAAAAGAUUCCCUUUUUAUCUCCCAAUUCCGCAAAAUCUCCAUUCAAGGUCUCGUUUUCUCCAUCAAGGUCGAAACUUUUCAACAACCCAUUACGCGUGGCGGCGCCGCCGUCUAUACCCACUUCGGAUCCGGCGGAGGAGAAGUGGAUCGAAGAAGAGUUCGGUGGAGAGAAGGAAGAGGAAGGGUCUGAGUUCAAGUGGAGAGAUCAUUGGUAUCCAGUUUCUUUGGUUGAGGAUUUGGAUCCGAAUGUGCCAACCCCGUUUCAGCUCUUGGGUCGAGACCUUGUCCUCUGGUUUGAUCGGAAUGAUCAGAAAUGGACUGCCUUUGAUGACCUCUGCCCUCACCGGCUCGCUCCUCUAUCUGAAGGGAGGUUGGAUGAGAAUGGACAUUUGCAAUGUUCGUAUCAUGGAUGGUCCUUUAGUGGGUGUGGAUCUUGUACUAGGAUUCCUCAGGCUGCUUCUUCUGGUCCUGAAGCUCGUGCUGUAAAAUCGCCGAGAGCUUGCGCUAUUAAGUUUCCGACAAUGGUGUCUCAAGGUCUUCUCUUUGUGUGGCCUGAUGAAAAUGGCUGGGACAGAGCUAAUUCAAUUGAACCCCCUAGGUUGCCAGAUGAUUUUGAUAAACCGGAAUUUUCAACGGUGACAAUUCAAAGGGAUCUUUUCUAUGGAUAUGAUACCCUCAUGGAAAAUGUAUCUGAUCCUUCCCAUAUAGAUUUUGCUCAUCACAAGGUUACCGGAAGAAGAGACAGAGCUAAACCAUUGCCGUUCAAAAUGGAGUCAAGUGGGCCUUGGGGUUUCCAAGGUGCCAAUGAUGACAAGCCAAGGAUAACUGCAAAGUUUGUUGCUCCUUGCUAUUCUAUGAACAAGAUUGAGCUAGAUGCAAAGCUACCAAUCGUCGGUAAUCAAAAGUGGGUAAUUUGGAUUUGCUCAUUCAAUAUACCAAUGGCUCCUGGAAAAACCCGCUCCAUUGUUUGCAGCGCCCGUAACUUCUUCCAAUUCUCUGUACCAGGACCUGCUUGGUGGCAGGUUGUACCAAGAUGGUAUGAACACUGGACUUCAAACUUAGUCUACGACGGAGACAUGAUUGUACUUCAGGGGCAAGAGAAAGUAUUCCUCUCUAAAGCAAUGGAGUCACCGGACUACGACGUGAACAAACAGUACACAAAGCUCACAUUCACUCCAACUCAAGCUGACCGUUUCGUUCUAGCCUUCAGAAACUGGCUCAGACGGCAUGGCAAGAGUCAGCCUGAAUGGUUCGGCUCAAACAAGUCUAACCAACCUCUCCCUUCCACUGUCUUAACAAAACGCCAGAUGCUGGAUAGAUUUGAGCAGCAUACACAAGUCUGUUCCUCAUGCAAAGGAGCUUACAACGGUUUCCAAGUCCUCAAGAAGUUUCUUGUUGGCGCGACGGUUUUCUGGGCCGCCACAGCUGGUGUUCCUUCUGAUGUUCAAAUUCGGCUGAUUCUGGCUGGUUUAUCCCUGAUUUCAGCUGCUUCUGCAUAUGCUUUACAUGAACAAGAGAAGAACUUUGUGUUUAGAGAUUAUGUCCACUCUGAAAUCGAAUAGAUAUGUUGUAUAUAUGUACAAUCAUCAUACAAACAUUGUAAAUCAAAAUCCAGAGAUACUUUUAGCAGUUUACAUCUA